AUGCGCUCCGCAUCGACUCGCUUAGUGGGCGGCUUUGUUUGCCAGUCUUGCGCAGUACUACCGCGCUCAACGGGUGCUGCUGUGCAGCUUUUCGGUCGGCCGGUCAUCUCCAGAAUCGGAUACGCGAAGAGACUGCCGACGUGGAGAGACGCUGGUGUUCGCUGGUCCAGCAGCGCCACGGCCUCAUCGGAGGAUGCGGACCUCAAUCAGAGAGACGCUGCGCCGGCUCCCGGCACUGGCGUCCAGCGCAUAACAGACCCGAUUGAGCUCGCCGCUCUGGCCGAAAAGAGCAGCAAACAGUUUCAGUCCGUCGACGGCAUUCCCGCGAAGCAGCUGACCACGGCAGCCCUGCAAUCUUGCCUGCGCGCCGCGAUAGGCAUCCACCCACAACUGAAGCGCGCCGAGUCGCAGAGCAAGGCCUCUGCCUCACGGCUGGCUUCUCUCAAUGCCCAACGAACAGGCUCCAAAGUACCCAUCGAUGCCCGCAUAGCCGAAGCGACGAACCGCAUCUCCUACGCUGCUUGGAACAUUAUCAGCAACCCCAAUGUCGAGAUGACGCCCGAGUUCCUCGAAAUCUACGUCCGGACCCAGAACCAGCUGGGCCGCCCGGAGUCUCUUGCGGCUGUCUUUGAGCUGUACGCGAAAAAGAGUAAGCCCGUCGUCAAGGACGGCGUGAUCACGUACCAGCCCACAAACCCCAACGCCGCCUCGCGCGCCGUCGAGACGGACGUUGUCAACAUGGCCCUGCAGACGGCCAUUGACGCCAAGAACCUGGAUGCUUCGCUCAGCAUUAUUGAAGCAGGAUUCUGCGUUCCUGCAUUCAAACGCGCCAAGCUCAUCAAGCAUGGCACAGCGCCGGCUAUUGGCCUCAUGGCACUGCCCUUUGGUAUCGUGGGCCUGUCUACCGCUUACGCUGCCUACUGGCAGAACACUAUGGAUGUGACAACCGCUACAGCAAUUGGCGCCGCCGGUAUAUCCGGAUACCUGCUUGUUGUCGGCUCCCUGGGCAUGAUUGCCAAACUCAGCCACAAGGAUCAAAUGAAGCGCGUCACAUGGACGCCCGGCACGCCGCUGCGUUAUCGCUGGAUGCGCGAGGAGGAGCGUGCUGCACUGGACAAGGUAGCCCUUGCUUGGGGCUUUAAGGAGCCUUGGAGACAUGGUGAGGAGACGGGCGCCGACUGGGAAGGCCUGCGAGAGUACAUGGGCUACCGGCAGAUGCUCCUCGACCGUGUCGAGUUUAUGGAUGGUAUGAGCUAG